AUGCUUACGCACUCCAAACAAUCUGCCCUCGUGCCCUCGCGAAAUGCCCUUCGGGUUCUCCGUCAAUUGGCCCUGGCUGGUUCAACAAUCGGCGGAUUCUGCACUGUGGCAGCCUUAGCAGUCUUAACGUACGAUGUGCAUCGCCGAGUCCGCAUCGCCGAGAAAAUCGUCGAAAACAAACGAACCUUACACACCACCGCACCGAAUUACGAUGCAACGUCUGCCGCCAAGCGUCUUGCAGUGAUGGUAGAAGCGGCGGAAGCUGGAGAAUUUAUGGGAAUUGAAUCCCUCAAGACCAGCAAAAGGAAAGCCACUGCCGGCCCCGAAGAACCAGGAUCGAACACCCACGAAACAAGACGCAGUCCAUAUCCCAAAUCCAAGCCAAUGAUAACCUUGGAAAAAUCACAUUCUCGCCAGAAAAAGUGGUGGAGUGAUCCGGCCAUAUCGUUUCAGAACAACAGGAAUGGGGAUGGACCCAGCUUAGCUCAGAGUGACACAAUUCUGGCUAUGGAGGCUAUCCAAGCGGAACAUGCUCGGAUGAACGGCAAAAAUUCCUUAGAUUUUGAACUUCGUCGAUUGAUAAACCUGGAUCGGGAGAUUACUGCCGCAAACUUGUUUCUGGCGGCCACCUCUCGUGUGGAUGCUAUCUCAUGGGAGCGGAGACAACUUGCGUGUCAUAUCUUUACAGCAAACUGCAUCAAAGGAAACAUAUUCAUCGCCCGAACUCUCUUCAACCGGCUCGACCAGAUCAGUCUUGUCUCUGAGGAGAUGUGGGCCACCCUGAUGCAUUUACUCGCGAAAGAGGGCCACAUCGACGCUGUCGGUGUACUCUAUGGAAGAUUCUAUACCAAAUUUGUUGUUCCUACUCACUUGCUGGAGGUUAUUCUCCGGUGCCUGAUUGAGUCCAAGCGGUUGGAUGAGGCCAAACACCUCUUCCACCUGCGUUUCAAGGAUGACUAUAACUGCGGUCUGUGUGGGGCCUACCUCGAUGGACUAUGGAGGAAGACCAGGAGUAUUGAACUACUCAACACAGAAUUUACCAGCAUUCUCGAAACUCUUGGAAGCCUCGGACGAAAGCCAACCGAGAAGCUGUUUAACCCGAUGGUCAAGGCCCUGGUUGAAUCGGGUCGUUCCGAAGCAGCCGAAGUUAUGGUUCAAGAGAUGCCAAGCAAGUACGACGUGCAGCCUGGAUCCCGCACCGUUGGCUUGAUCAUUUAUAGCAGAGCGCUCCAUUGCGAUUGGGUUCGGGUAAUGGAUGGGCUAUACGCCAUGCACGAUGCAGGAUUCACCAAGCAAAAGAAAGACUUUGCGCUAGUUUUUGACCGUGUCUUACUCGAAUACUACCCAACUCACACGGGCGAACAAACAUUCGACCUGCUCAUUUCAUCUAUCAACGAAUUUGAAAUUGUGCCCGACAGAGUUCUUCAUCGACACAUGCUUGAAGCAAUUGUCGAAAAGGGUAGUGAGGAAAUGCUCGAAGCCAUGACGGAAAUGGCCACCCAGCGCCAAUGGAACACUGGCAUUGGCGAUGAAGAGGUUGCGAAUAUUUUAAAAACGAGACGGCUCGCAAUGAACAAUAGCCCGGUGGGAAUUUGGCGAAUGAUGCAAGCAGCCAAGGAUCGACAAAUGACUUCGUCUUCUUCUCGGCGCAUCCUUGGUGCUAGCUCUGAGGUCUGGGAAGUGCAAGGAGAAAAGAUCCUACCAAUUCACGCACCCGCGGAGGAAAGUUUCCCUGCAACAUUGAGUAACAUGGGGAAACCCACCAAAGAUGCCAGUUCAUACAUCCCGCUCCACAAGCAGAUGGAGCACCAUCUCAACAAUGGUCGGCAUGCGGAAGCUCUGAAAGCGUACCAAAACGCCACCAAUAGUGGUCACGUUGUCAGACCGCACCAUAUAAUUUUGGCCGUGAUUGCCUCAAUUCUGGAAGAUGGCCGAAAUGGCGUCAAUAACGCGCGACGCCUGAUGACCUCCGAAUGGGAGUACUGGAAGCAGGUUCCAACACUUCGUUACAGCAAGCGCUUCACACCAUGGCAACCGCUUUUCUUCCAGCGGAUUUGGCGUGUUGAUCCAGGCGCUAUGGGACGCGCGGGACUGAUCAAGAUGGCCAUCUUCGAAUACUACACAAUUUGCAACAGUACCCCAGGCAUGGGUGUAAAGCACUACUGUACGGCUUCUUACUGUCAGUACCUCCUCAAGGGUGGAUCACCAGAACUUGUUGUCGAUCUUCUCACGACAGUUUAUCAAUCUCGCUGGAAGAUUUCCCAUGGGUUUGACCAGGUGCUGCUGAAGCUACUGCUGCGGGCCUAUGCCGAGCUCCGCAACCUCAAGGGUGUCUGGUGGUGUAUACUAACGGUCCUAUCACGACAAGAGGAGAUCAAGCCUUCAUUUGUCGCGGAAGCUCUUUCCCAGAUGGUUUCAUUGGACGCAGCGCUGGGCGGUGCAUCCGGCAGUACGCCAACGAAUCUUUGGACAUUACAUGAGGCCGUUGAGGUGCUACAAGCUAAGUCUCGUGGUGACGAGAAAUGGGCAAGCAUCAGCGUUGACCCAGCGUUGAAGAAGUCAAACCGCUCCCAGCUUAUUCAGCCUGAAAAGGAAAACCAUUUCCUGCCUAGGGACUCUAUCAAGAAUCUGAUCAUGAAUUUUGAUGAAGAGAGGGAGUUGGAUUUACUACUGGAACGCAAGCAGUUGAAGCACACCAAGUGUUGGGCAGAGCACAACCUCUCGAACUGUCACUCUAUGGCAGCGGAAGAGCGCGACUAUCCCAUGUGGAAGCGUCAAACCUGGGAUGAUUAUUACGUGCCGGGGAUGUGA